UUCUACUAAAAGGCUUCCAAAUGUUUCCUCUUUGGGGUUUAGGAUUUGCCUGGCUGAUUUUUGGCUUGACCACUAAUUCUGAGCCUGCAGUGGGAGCUAAUGCAACCUCCAGAAAGGAUUGUAAUCGAAAAGACUGCAAUGGAAUACAGUAUGACAUCCAAGAGGCUGUUUGCUGUGAAAAUAAGCUUCACCCUGGUGUAAGUCUAUUUUGCUGUGGAAAGGAGCCUUACAAUCCUGGAACAGCCACUUGUUGUAAAAUACAACAUGGACACAGCACCACAGCUGUUACACAGGGUCUAAGUGAAAAGGUGUCCAAGUGCUGUGACCUGAAGGCGUACAACCCAGUCAAUGAAAUAUGCUGUCAAUCAACCAUCGUAGCAAAACCUGGACCAAUGGCUGAAUGCUGUGGUAAAGAGGCUUAUGAUAAGGACAAGCAGUUGUGCUGUGGUCCGAAUGAGAGCAAGAUGAUUCUGAUGAGGAAUUCCAGUCACCACCAGUGCUGUCGUCACAACCAGUAUGACACAGAGACUCAGUGCUGCUGUUCAAAUGAGGAAAGCGUGGAGAUACACUCGAAGGAUUCAUCAUGUUGUUUGAAGGACUUUGGUGUAUCUGCAGCUCCUUUAUGUGGAAAUACAACCUUCAACAUACAUACGCAUUUAUGUUGUCAGUCAACUGUUGUUGCCAAAUUUUCACCACAGCACAGAUGUUGUGAUAAAGGGACAUAUGAUGUGGAAAAGGAGCUGUGUUGUGGUCCAAUUAAUGAUAAGAAGAUCCUUAAAAGGAACUCUACAGAUCACCAGUGCUGUUAUCAUGACCAGUUCAACACAAAGACUGAAUGCUGCUGUUGGAAAAAGGAUAGUGCUGAAGUACAAUUGAAGAAUUCAUCUUGCUGUUCAGAGGAGUCAUCUGUGUUUGAAGGUCAAAGCAAGUCCAAGGUGGAUAACCAAGUCUGCUGUGAUGGCUGUGCAUCUGUGCAGAAGCCUUGGAUCAAUCAAUGCUGUGGGGACACACCGUUUGGCUCAGCACAACGUGGAGUUCUCUGUUGUAAUAACACCUUGUACGAGGACAGAGAUGAUGGGGAGGAAUGUUCAGAGAUGGGUAUUCCUUACGACCCGGCUAAAGGGACUAUAUGUUGCUCUCAGUUUCAUGGCAGCCCAGGACAGCACUGCUGUGGGACAGAAAUUUACCAUCCUGAUGCUGAGAUCUGCUGCAACGGACACAGACAUUCCAAAUCGGAAAAUAUUCACUGCUGUGGGAUUAAAGCCUACAACAUUAAAGACCCACAGAUGAAGUGCUGUGCAGGAACACUGUACAAUCUGACACUAUUAGAUGAGCAUGGACAGGAUGCACAGUGUUGCGGAUCCCUUCUGCAAAAGCAACAGGACAUUUGCUGCUCAAGUGAGGACAGAGAAGUGCUAUACUCUGCUAAGACAGGAUUGAGAUGCUGUGGUCACCUCUACUUCAACACCACCCUGUGGUCAUGCUGUGCUGAGCGGCUGAGAUCAAUCCAUGAACCAGGACAGGAUCAGAGAAAGAUGAGUAAUGAAUCCAGACUUCAAUCAGUGAAUAAUGUGAACAAAACUGAUCUUUGCAAAAAAAUGCGCAUCGGGACGGUGGAAAGUGUCUCUCUGCAUAGCAUUGUGUUCAAGAGCGUGCUGAAGAUCCGAGGAAAGAAGGCCAAAGUGAAAGCGUUGUCUUUCCCUUAUAUCUUGAAAACAGAUGAUCACUGCAGCUCACCCAAACUGAUUCCUGGGAAGACCUACUUCUUUAACAAAGUCAAUGUUUUCACCGAUUCCAACCAUGACACUGUUCUUCAGUCACUCCACUUCAUUUUUUCCAAGUGUUCACCUUAGAUCACCAGUCGCUGAUGGAUACAUAUUACUUCUUACUCACACACUGAUUUACAUUUUUUCACAACAGCUAUUACAGAGAUGCGUUGUCACAUAACGGUCUGUUACCUCUAAAACAAUCAACCUUAAAGGUACUCAUCAUCAUAAAAAAAUUAAACCUGACGUUUUACCAGCGAUACCAGCAGCAAAGUUGGUGAAAACCAACCCAAAGAGAUCUUUUCAGUUCAUCAUUACUUUUCUUACUCAUUCAGGCUCAAAAUUUGACCUGUUUGCUUGGAUUAGCAUGCACUCACCUUGAACAUUGCUCUGGAUCCCACAGAUCUUCAAGAGCUUUGCUGAUCUUUAUUUUACUUUUUAAGAUUUUUGAAUAGGUUUGAGUUUGCAUUUGCAGCAGUGUUGCACUGCCAAAAUUUUAGGCCAGUCACUUUUUUUUCUACAAGGUGAGAUCAGUUAUUGUUGCACAAAAAACAGUUGGAGGUUUUUUGUUUGUUUAUUUUAAAAUUUUCUAUUAUACAGAUUAUGUAACUUGAGUAAAAACAAAAACACAGCUAGUUUGCCAGUAGCAGGCAACCAUUUACCUUAUUUAGAGACAAUGAUGCACAAUAUUACUGCUAUACAGACAAAUGUGAUGUAAGUAUACAAUGCAUUACUUUUUAUAUCACACCUACACUGCUUACUUAUUUCAUUAAGAAAAUCACAUUGUGUUUCCAAAACAGCAGUAUCAGUUAUUAGUGAUAUUACUUAUACAUUGUUAUCAAUAUAUUAUACAUUGUUUUUCAAAUAUUGUUUCACUUGUUACAUUACUCUGCCUGUAUUCAGCCAAACCAUGUUCCUCUUUGGUUUAAGAUGCCCCAAAAAGUCUCAUCACUGUGAGACUUUAUGUAAAGAUGUUUGAAAUGAGUAAGAACAAUGUACUUCAAAGUGUAAUAUUUACUGAACUUCAUAUUGUAGUCAGUCACACAACUUAAAGUAAUAACUGAGUGUAACACAGCCAAUUGGUACACAGUGUUGUUCAAAUCUAAAUCUGUAAUAUAUGCAAUAAUGGAAUAUGAUCACCAACUGCCAAAGUCUGAAACAAAAAGAAAAAGCUGAAGAAGCAAACAGUAUAUCAAAGCUUGUGCGAGUCUGGGAUCAGCAGUAGCUGACACCUUAGCGGUCAUUAUAGCAGGUAGCACACAAGAGUAGCAUACAGCUGUGUGCUCAACGCUGCUAUUAGCUAAUAUGGUUUAGCUUUUUAAAUAUUGGGGAUUAUUAUUUUUAUGCUAUUCUGAUUCUUGCACUAAACUAAAUUGUAAAUGGCGACUGUUUGCACAUCAUUAACCCAUAUAAUUGAAUGUAUACAUGUUCUAUUAAUGGCAUUUGUUUAUUUUUAUUGAUUAAGCUACUAGAUGUACUCAACUUGCGAUUUAUGGUGAAAGAUGCUUUAAGGACCCAAAAGACCACCCAGAGGCCACAUUUACAUAUCUUGGGUUUGUUUACUUGUAACUACUAAUUUUUGUUCUCCUUGGUUUAAGCUACAUUUCUUUUAUGUGGAAUAUGUUUGGCAUGUAUUUCACUGUAUGUUUCUUCACAAUAUAUAAGACACACCUUUAACCCAGAGAAACCCUGGAAAUGUUGAAGGCACGCAAUUUUAUAUUUUGCAUGUUUGAGUGAAAUUGUAGGAGGUACUGUCCUUUUAAGGAUAAAGCUUUGAAUAAAUAAAUA